CAGGGAGUGACAAUGUCGCGCGGAGGGGCAAGACUGCUAUCUGCCAUAAAUCCCAUCCAGCGGUAGCUCACGAUGUAUGGCAGCAGUCAUCGUCCAAGUCACUAUCCUCGUCCUCAAUUCCGGACCUAAUCGGACCUGCGAAGAAUGGGCCGUCAAGCUCAUCUUGCCCGGCUCGCUUUGGGAAGGUCGCCUUUCGAUCCACCACUCCAAGACGAGAAUGGAGACUUCAUUCAGGGACCAAACGUUCAACAUGACACUGCUCGGAACUAUGUCCAGCAGUUCGACGCUCGUGGUCACCCACAGAAUCUAGCCUCUGAGGCAUCAAGGAGGAGACUCCGUCGCGCUCAGAAUGAAGUCCUAUCGACAGUUGGUGUUGUUGUUCGUAAAGCGAAGGCAGAACGCUCGGCCUGGCAGAGUAUGAGCGAAGAGCAGAAACAUCUCCUCCUCCUUGACGAAAACAUUGCGGGGGCGAAUUUCGGUAUCGUCGAAAGUGUGAUCGUGAAGCUGUCAACUAGAUGGUUGAGCACCUUACGUCGCCGGAUUUUAACCUAUAAAUCCUACGUAGGUCUGCCACUUCCUCAAAUCUUGAUGGAAGAGUGGAAGAUGGUGGGUCUUCGGCCUAUUCUCCUUGCGGGUCUUCCAUCUGGCGCUGUUGCGGCAGUCAGUCAGGCUCUCAGAGACGACACUCUAGACGAUGGACGCUUCGCAUACAUAUCUCGAUCUAUAAACACGUCGUUUGCCGCAAGAGCCGCUCGCGUCGUUGGUACUCAUAGCCUCCGACUACUAUGGUUCACAGCGGAAUACCCUUUCCACGCCUUCUCCGUCUUACAGUCCCUUUACCUCCUACCAAUCGAUGCCGUUCCGCAUCCGUGGACAUUGGUGCCUUUCAGUGCGAGAUCGCCCAUUCAGCUACCUCAGCCCCUCCCGGAUAGAGCUCUCCCUUCACUCCUUUCCUACGCCACUCGUCUCUUGACUCACCCCUUCACAAUCGCCUACAUUCGAGAUCAGAUAGGGAAAGUUCUAUACACAAGGAUUUAUGUGCUCGUUCGUCAUCUUGUGGUCAAACCAGACCGACCAGACCGGAUCUCCCUUCAGAGCGCACGGGUAAACAGCAUCGUCUUCAACGACACUACCAUCCCGGGAUUGGGAACUGAUGCGAAGCUGAAAAGGAGCAAGACGGAGCCAUCGACUUUGUCUGAUACUGUCAAGGCACUCUUUCCAGCCUUGUUUUGGGUGUGGGAGAGGAUUUUGCAGACGCAAAGUGCUUCAUUGGCAGUUGAACUUACCCCUGACAUGGAAGAGGAGUUGAUACAACGGAGUAUCAUGUACUAUCGAGACUUCAUUCGACGAGACCGUCGGGACGAAGGCGACCCCAGACAUGCUCUGCGAACAUUAAGAAUUAUGGCCAUCCGCGCUGCGUUUGCCGACUUUGGCCUCGACCCAGAUCAAGCCAUGGUGGACAUCUUCGAGAUGGCCGAGGGAAUGGACUUUCCCGAGAGGGAUGAUGCAUCCACCGCAACGCCAGAACCAGAAGAAGGCCUUCUAAAUGCCCAAGUCAGCACUGAUGCAAGGCACGAGACUGACAACCAGGAAGAGUCAGCCGUUGAAGCUGCAGAACCUCUACCACCGAGAGAUGCUGGCCCCGAGGAAGACAGACCGUCUGAAGAAGCUCCUGAGAUAACCGGCACAAGUGCUUCCGGACUGAUUCUAGCAGAUAACGCAAACCCCACCGAACCUCUUGCUCAGCCAGCGGUCGCUCUCGAGACUCUGCUCGAGCCUAUAUGGUUAGACACAGAGGACGACGCUUGGAUUCGUGCGGCAACGCCUGCGGCAGGUCUUCCGCUUCCAAGCUCUCCUCGACCGAUUUCACCAACGGGAUCACCCCCUAGUCCUCCUGAGCCAGGCAUAACUAGAGCUCCCAGUUUAGCUACGACAGCUCCGCGACCUGUACGUCGAGAAACGGACAUCUAUGAUGAGCGGACUCGACCUUCCAGACAAGACCUAUUUUAUCGACACCAUUCCUCACGAGACGUGCGUGACGAAGACGAUACGGUGUAUCGUGUUACAAUUCUUUCAAACCACCCCGCAGAGGCAUUUGCUUUGAAUGUGGCAUCUAUUGUCGAACCGAUCCUCCUGCUACCUCUUGACAUACUGUUCCUCAGGUCUCUGGUGCACGACUUUCUAACGCAGCAGUCUACCUACGUGGUAGCUGCAAGCGCACGUUCGUUGCUCACCAAUGUCUUCCCGCCAGGCUUGUCGUUUCGAGCAGGAGCGGACCUUAGCAGAUCUGCAUCUUUGCAGGCUUUGGGAAAUUGGACUAUUACUCUUGCUAUGCAAAGCUUGAUCAACUUCCUGCUAUGGAAAACUAGCACACAUUUCAUAUUACGGCUGGGCCGGCGUUUUGGAUGGGGAAAAGUAUGAGACAUCCCAUGUUGCUGAAAACGCAUGGUCUUUCAAGAAUGUACUUUGACGACCGCGAUACCCGAAGGAUGUACAUUGACUACCCAAUGAUAAC